AUGAAUUUAAGCGAAAAGAGGUAUAGGGAUUUUGGGGAGAAGUGUGGAGAUAUUAGCAAAAGUAAGUGAUGGAGCUUAAAAAAGGAGAUAAUGCAGAACUACGUGAGAAGAUGAAGCUUAAAAUUGCUAUAUGAAUUUCUUCAGAUGGAAAGCAUAUGAGAUUGUAAAAAAAGAGUCACAAUGCAUAAUAACGCUUUACCAAAAUCCUAUUAUGAGGAUAGAAAUGCAAAAAUAAAUACCUAA